AUGAGAAUACUGAAUUUGGAUCUGUUUUCUUCUGAAUUUUAUUUUAAUCUAGAUGGACCCUAUUACAAGAAAGGUACUAUUUAAGGUGUUUUGCUAUCAUUUUCAUCAGUUAUUUUGGUGCUUUCUUACUUUUUUUACUUAUUACAUCAAUAUCUAAACAAUUUUAUUGAUCCUUAAUUUAGAUCUUAAAGUUUUAUAAGUUCUUCUAGUCAUGGUGUUUAGUUGGAUUAAGAUUUAAUUGGCUUUUUCUAUUAUUAUAACACAAGUCUCACAGUUGAGUAGUAUCAAAUAAUAUAAAAUAAAACUUAUUUGGUUUAUUAUCCUUACUUCUAUUAUCAAGAUCCAAUAAAUAAUAUUUACUAAACAAUCAAUUUGAAUAUAACUUAAUGCACUAGCCCUUAGCUUUAAGGUUUUAGCUGCAUAGACUUUUCACAGAUAAGCAACUACACUCUUAUUCUUGAUAAUAUUAGUAAUAUCUUGUCAUCACUGUAUAUUAAUGUAUAUGGUUGCUUAGACUUGGAUGAUAUAAAGACAACGAUUCCUGAUAAUUGUGCAACUUAGAGUGAAAUUGACAAUGUUAUAAAUGGAGAUGCAUCUGGUAUAUUACUUAAACUGAAAACAUAACAAUAUAACACUACCUCUAAAGAAAUAUAGACAAAUUAUAGAUCUAUGCAGAUAUACAGUCUAUAAAAUUAGUUCAUUUUAAGUUCUAUGAAAACAUAAAUAUAAGAUACUGAAGUAAAGUAGGGAUUUCUUCUAUAAUCAUAGCAAUAUUAUUCUUCCCCUAUCUAUUAUGAAACUACAAUGUACAGCUUUGAUAGGAAUGUUUCUUUGUAAGCUGGUGUUGGACCAUACAAUCAAAUAAAUAUUUUUAUUGAUGAAAUAGUCUAAUAUACUUAAAUAAAAUAUCCUACAAUUACUGAGAUUUUGGCACUUGUAAAUAGCGUAGCCGCAAUAAUUAUGAUCAUAAGAUUUUUAGGUAGAAUGGUUUCUUAAAAAUUAAUAAAAGAAGAUUUUUUUAUUCUAAUUUUAAGAAAUUUAUUUUAAUAGAAAUGCUAAGAAAUACUUUAAAUAAAUAAUUUGAUAAAUAAAAGUGGCACUUUAAUGUAAGUAUAAAGCAGAUCGGAAGAAGAAGCUUCUUAAAAUAGAUAAUAAGAGUUAGUUGUUGAUGCUGAAGAAAAGGAUAACAAAACAAACUUUCUUCUACCGAACUUUGAAUCUAAAUAUUUAUAAAAGAGAGUAAAUUCUAACUUUAACUUAGAUAAUAGUAGUUAAAAGAAUAGAUUAUUUUUUGAUGAAGAAAAAGAUUAAAAUGAAUAAUUUAGAAAAAAUAAUAGUAUGAUACAAUCUUCUACUUCUCCAUCAACAAAUUAAGUAAAAUUAUAAGUACUUGGAAAUCUAUUAAAUUUUGAUAAAAUUGAUACCGUUUUUUAGAAUGAGUCUUUGAUUACAUAGUAAAUGGAUUGUAGGACAUAGACUUUAUAGAAAAAAGAUAGUGUGAGCUAAAUUUAAUUCUUGAACAAUAAAUUAGAUAGGCCAAAGAGCAAUUUUAAAGAUAAGUUAAAAGGGCAAGUAAAUAAAAACGAUAAAAAUCUUUCAGAAGCGAUUUCUUAAAAAUUGAGUAUCAUGCAAAGCAAGUCUAUAAAAGAAUCUUUAUAAAAUAUAAUAUUUAAAUUUAAAUGCUUUAGAUCCAAAAAUUUCCUACAAUCAAAGGGAUUAAAGCAAAAAUAGUUAGAUAAGAUACGCGAAGAAGUCUUGAAGAGUUUAAAUAUUUAUGAGUUUUUCAAGGAUAUUACAUUUUUAAAGAAAGCAAUUAGUAUGUUACUUAGUUCAGAUUAAAUAGCUGCUUUACAAUUUGUUGGUCUAACAGAAGAUUUACUUAAUCUAGAUUUGAAAAGAAAAGAUUUAAGAGUUAUUUACGAAUAAGAGAAAAAAAAGUUAAACCACUUUGAAAGAUAGUAUUUGAUAUUGUAAUAUGAAGAGUUAUAAGUUAAUUACAUAGAGCGCUUUUUGGUAAAAUGUUAAGAAGGCAGUGAUUUAACUGAAGUUGAUAAAAGAAUUAUUUCAUCAAUAAAUUAAAAUAAAUGA